AUGCCAUGUACAGAACGAAAUGAAGCACGCCAAAUCAUGGUACAACCAAUUCCCAUGAUAGAGUAUAAUGUUUUUCAGAAAGUAUUUUUAGAGGUUGCACAUUGUUGUUGUGCAUAUUACUUGUCUCGGAACAUAAUAUCAAGAUACAAAGUAAACCUUGAAGCAGUAAAAGGAGCAUUCUUUGAAGCAGCAUAUGCAUACACAUUGGAUGAUUUUAAUCAUCACAUGAAAAAUAUGUGUAAAGCAAACAAAGAAGCAGUGGUAUAUUUGACGAAAAUUGGAUUUGAAAAAUGGUCUCGAAUCCAUUGUAAGUCAAAUAGAUUUCUAGUGGUGACUUCAAAUCCUGCCGAGUCAAUAAAUUCUGCCCUGAAGGUUGCACGAGAUCUUCCAAUAACAGUUUUGUUAGAUAGCGUUCGUGUGAUGCAAUAG